AUGUAUGAAGUGCUCUUUUCUUCAUCAAUCGCAUCAAUCAUUGUAUACAGUCCUGGUAGGCUAAAGCCACUCACUCACUCACUGAUCACCACUCUCGCUCUAAAAAUCAACCUACUUUCAAGAACAACUCCCGCAUCCUUCAUCAUGAAGUUCACAACCACCCUCGCAGCCAUCGCCGCAAUCGCUCUCUCAGUCAACGCAGCAGACCGCGUCCAAUGCGCCGGCACAGUCGACACGGCCCCCAACAAAGGCCGCUACGAGCCCUCCGGCUCCCUGACCGCCAACCUCACCCAGGUCGCCUGCAAGAGCGGCACCAUUGACGGCGCGCUAAAGGGCAACCAAAAGUGCUGCAUCUCCAACGAUAAGGCAGCGUUCGGGUCGGCGUGUGGCAAGGCCGUCUUCCCGACCCAGUUCAAGACUGGGUUCAAGGCUACGUUCCAGCCUUGCUGA